AUGAGUUUGUCAGCAUCAACGACGCAGGAUCGCGAGGAGCGUGCCAAAUCUGUAGAGAAAAUACUUCUCCGCAUUGCAUCACACGAAGGGGUGAUUGGGUAUAUUGUCUUAAACCCUGCAGAUGGACGCGUACUGAAGUAUUCUGGAUUUGACUCUGAUGAUCGAAAAGUUCAGAAAUAUGCGUCUAAGAUCAAUGGUUUUACGAGCCUUGUAGCGUCAACUAUUCGUACUAUUGAUUGGAAGGAUAAUCUUACAUUUCUCCGUUUGAGUGUUGGCCUGAAGGAUAUUCUAAUUGCACCAGAUGUAAAUGAACAGUAUACUUUAGUUGUAGUGCAGGAAAUAAAACAAUAG